AUGGACCAGCUGCUGAAGAUUGGGGAGCAAGUUGUUAAAGAUGAAGUGGACCUGUUCCUGUGCCAAAAGGUGAUCCACCCAGUUCUGCAGCAAUAUCUGAGGGACAACAGCAUCAUCGUGAUUGAGAGAUUGGGAAUUAAUUCAAUGGAGCCAGUUAUUCAGCUUACAGGUUCUCAACCAGUUGCCACACUGCACAUUAUCCCACCCAGUGCUUAUGGAAACAUAAAAGAAAUUACUAUUAAACAUUUGGGAUCCAAGACAAUGCUGCAUUUAAUUCCAGCUGAGGAGGCUACUGUCUGCACACUCAUCCUCUGUCACAGAACUGAGACCAUGCUAAAUGAGUUAAAGGCAGCAUGUGAGAAGGCAGAUCACGUGCUAAGACUGACGCUAAAAGAUCCGUUUGCCCUUUUUGGAGGAGGCUGCUCAGAAACACAUCUCGCUGCCUGUAUCAGACACAAGAGCAAAUCCAUUGCCAUGAACGUCCCGUCGAUGCUUGGAUGUACGCAGGGGGAGUACUUGCUUGCUGCGGAGGGAUUCUGCCGCUCUUUGGACUCUGUGGCAGCUGCUUUGGAUCAUGAUAGUGGGCGUUCUUUGACUGACCUGACUCACGCUCACCACUGGACACUACCCACUGAAGCCACAACAGACGAACUGGACCUAACAUUGAGUGCAUGUAGCCGUGAGAGGAGAGAAUGUUGUGUUGGAUUCCUUCACCGCUAA